GUCGUGACAGUGGUAGUGACAGACUGAUAACCAGCAUCUCUUGCGAGCCUGCAGUUGUGUGCCGUGUGCUAUGCGAAUACGCCGUCGACUCGGCGCGGGCGCCGCUCAAAGCCAGUUCUACUGCAACCUCCGGCGGCUCGCCUGUAUGACACGUUAAACGUACAAUCCAGUGUUUAUAUUGUGCAUGUUGACUUAAAUAACCGAUUCACAAUGGAUAAACAGGAGCCCAUCACAGAAAACGGGGCCAAGCUGCAAGAAAAACCUCCUCCUCAGACCGAUUUAAUUCAACGAAUAACAGGCUCAUUCGGAAGAUAUCAACUGUUGCUAUGCCUCCUCAUAUUCUUGACAAAGUUCCCCGUCGCCUUCCACCAAAUGGCCAUUUUGUUUCUUGCACCGAAACUCAGCUACACAUGCCCAGACACCGGAGAGGAAACUUGUCCUUGCCCUAAUCCAGAAUACGACACGUCAAUUUUCAGCCGGAGCAUAAUAAUGGAGUGGGAUUUGAUAUGUGAAAGGAAAUGGUUGACUAGUUUUACACAGACGCUGUUUCAAUUGGGCACGCUACUGGGCAGUGUACUGUUUGGAAUGGCAUCCGACAGGUUCGGGAGAAAGUAUCCUUUGCUGCUAGCAGUCGUGAUACAAGUGACCAUGGGAAUAACAGCAGCUUUCGUCCCCGGCUACUGGGAAUUCACAUUCCUCCGAUUCUUAGUGGGCAUGUCCGUUGGAGGCACCAUGGUCACUGGAUUCGUCAUAGUCAUGGAAUUCGUGGGGACUCAGUACCGUGACGUUAUAUCGGCAUUGUAUCAAGUACCCUUCAAUAUGGGUCACAUGCUGUUACCGGUGUUCGGGUAUUUCUGCAGGGAUUACUCCAACUUUCAACUGGCCAUCUCGAUACCAGGAGUAGUACUAUUGUCGUACUUUUUCCUAGUACCUGAAACUCCACGUUGGUUGAUAGCGGUUAAGAGAACUGAAGAAGCCGUCAAGAUUUUAGAAUGUGUAGCAAAAGUAAAUAAGCGCCCAACAGAAGCCAUACGAGCUGACAUUGAAAAUUACCAAGCUGCACUCCAAAAAACGCAACUCAAAAAGGGGAAUAUUGUAGACCUCUUUCGAACUCCGAACAUCCGAAAAAACAUAUUAGCAAUGAAAUCAGACAUAAUGGUGCUAAUAAAUGAAAUUAUUGGGUCGUUCAGGAAGUACCACUGGUGGAUAUGUUUUAUAAUAUAUGUUAACAAGUUUGGUAUUGCGUGGCAUCAGAUGGCAAUCAUAUUCUUAGCUCCUCCAGUGGCAUAUUGGUGUCCGGAAAAUGCCACCUGUUGUAAAGACCCUGUCUACGACACCUCGACCUUUAAGAACACAAUUGUAAUGGAAUGGAAUCUUAUAUGUGAAGAAUCUUGGAUGAAGGACUUCACUCAAACUCUAUUUCAAUUUGGUGUUCUAGUGGGAAGUUUACUGUUCGGUAUGGCGUCUGAUAGGUAUGGACGAAAAAAAGCCAUGAUUGGCUCUGUGGUACUGGAAGUGUUCUCGGGGGUGAUAGCAUCAUUUGUUCCUGAAUACUGGAGUUUCACUAUAGUUCGGAUGAUCGUCGGGUUCUCUUUAGGAGGAGUGAUGGUAGUUGGAUUCGUCAUAAUAAUGGAAUUCGUUGGAAAUGAGAAUCGAGCCGUUGUAUCAGCGCUUUACCAAGUUCCAUUUACGCUUGGCCAUAUGCUUUUAGCAGCUUUUGGUUAUUUCUUGCGUGACUACAAGCAUUUUCAGCUGGCAAUAUCAUUAGCAAAUGUAUAUCUAUUACUUUAUAUAUGCCUUCUACCUGAAACACCUAGAUGGUUACUGGCCAAGAAUAAGACGGAUGAAGCCGUUAAAUUACUGAUAUACGUUGCUAAGAUCAAUAAUAUGCCAACAGAAGACAUUCAACGUAAGGUGGAAAUGUACCAAUUGGAACACAGAACAAACGUGCCGAAGAAGGGGACUACAAUUGACCUGUUUCGUACGCCAAAUCUGCGAAGAAAUAUACUGGUGAUGUCGUUCGUCUGGUUCACCUGCAGUUACUGCUUUUACGGCAUCGCACAGUACAUCAGCCAGCUUACUAAAGACAUUUUUUUGAACGUGACCCUUAGUGGAUUUUUCUGUCUCCUCAGCUGCUUCAUUUCGAUUCCAAUGAUGCGAUAUAUGAAGCGGAGGACAGUUGUAGUGAUAAGUAACGCCAUAUGCGGUAUUAGUUUACUACUGCUGGCCGGUAUACCGUAUGGCAUAUUUAGCGUGAUGCUUGCGUGUAUCGGAGUUCUCUUUAGCUUCGUUGUAUUUAUCGUGGUCUAUUUGUACUGCACAGAAAUGUUUCCAACUGUUGUGCGUAACGCUGCGCUCGGUAUUUCGUCGAUGAUGGCUCGGGUCGGAUCAAUGAUUGCGCCGUUUGUGGUUACCCUUAGAACGCACCAGAAGUGGGCUGCCCCCGUAGCGUUCGGGGUGCUGCCACUGAUAGCUGCGGGGCUCUGCCUUUUGCUGCCAGAAACUAAAAACUGCGAGUUACUCACAACGAUAGAAGAAGGUGAAGCACUGGGCACGCCACCGCGGCCUAGGCCUGCAGAUGGCAUAUAAUAAUAACGAUUGUAUAAAUUUGUUUUUGAUGAUCAUUAAG